GGAUGGAGGAAGGUUUUUGAUGUGGAGCGGAUGGUGGACAAACUCCUGGAAGACCAUAAUGACUUGAUGAACCUGAAGGACAUCCUGGCGUCGGCGCCAAGGCUCCGUGGUGAGUUGAAGGGGCGGCUGUCGCGAAGGCUGGUGCCAAAUGUUCAUCUGAGUACGGUCUUGCCUAGAGAGGUGGAGUGGACUAAGGCAGGGACAAGGAUGGAUUGGAAAUGUGUGGCAUGCGGGCAGGUGGAUUUGGUGAUAAGGAACCAGAAGUGUACUGGGAUGGUGGACACGGGCGAGGAGAUGAACAUCAUCAGGGAAAAGGAGGCGGUGAUGAUAGGUAUGGAGAUCGACCGCUCGGACCACCGCAUGUUGCACGGCGCUAACUGCAAGGCCGCCUUUUGCGGCACAGCGUCAAACGUGAUUAUAGAGAUCGGGAAGGUGCGAGCCAGAACGUGCUUCUUCGUCAUGCCCGACGUCGAUCACCCCAUCCUUCUGGGGCGAUCGUUCCUGUGCCGAACGGAAAUGUUGAUCUUCAACAAGCACGAUGGGACGAUGAUCCUGCUCCUGUGCGACCCGGCGUGUGGAAAUUAUGAAGUUAUCACCUGCCGGAACACGGGGCCGGGGAGCGGGAGGAAUAGGCCCAAUCUAGGCUCGUUCACCUUCGAGGAAUCAGAGAACGAGCAGAGACGGCUUUGGGAAGUGCCCGAGGAGGAAGAUAGGGCUGAGGUGCUGACAUUGAGCCUCACGGAUGUUAAUAAGGCCAUGGAGGUGGUAUCGGCUCACGACAUGGCGGAUCCGGAGGCCAUUAAGGCAUUGAGGGAACAAGUUUUGGAGAACCCUCAGGUGGGAGAGGUGGAGUUGGUGUAUUUGCUUCCGGGAGGGAGGGGAGGCCCUGCGAUGGCCCAGGCCCGAGCGACAAUUCCCAUGCUCGUCACAGAGGAUGAGGAAGCCUACUACGAGUGGGAGCGAGGGUUGAUACGGCGUAUGCGGGAGCACUCGUUGGCCGGGCUGGGCCAUAUCAACGAUGAAAAUGAGGGGAAGCUGAUAAUUGGGGAGCCCGACUUUCUGUCGCCCCAUGAGAGAGCAUUGGUGGUGGGGCUGAUGAAGAAGAGACACCGCGUGUAUGCAUUCAACGACGGCGAGCGUGGCAGGCUGGAUGUGGACAGGAUCCCGAUGAUCAGGAUUCACACGGUUCCACAUGAACCAUGGAAUCUAAGGGGCGAGCGGUACCCCAAUCCGGACGAGGAAAAGAUGGUGGUGGACUACCUGGACGGCAAGAUGCGGACGCACGUGGCCGAUUAUUCCAGUGGGCCGUACGCGUCGCCUUGGUUUUGUUUUAUUAAGCCAAAUGGGACGCUAAGGAGGCUCAUCUUGAGGGUGGACCCUACUAUGCUGGCCUGUUCCCUAAAGAAUUAUACUCCAUCUGACCCAACCGUCGCAAGAUGGUUGACCUACAUUUGGAUGUUUAAUGUCGAGUUGGAAAGGAUCCCAGGGAACAAGAACAGGGCAGAUGGGCUAAGCUGCAUCAACUGGGACGGAUCGGUGGAGGAGUCAAUAGAAGACACGCCGCCAGUUGAUGGGUUUUUGGAUCAAGAGGAGGACGUCCACCUACACAUAAACGAAUGGUCCCUGCGAGUGCCCAGUUGCGUCAGUCACCCUAUAUGGCUGGCACCGAAGGGGUACGGGAAGAAGGAAGAGUUAGUCCUCAAGCCCUUUCAGGAGGAGGAUCCGUGGGGAAGUAAGGAUGUUGGUUGGAUGAUGAGGUUGGCGUUGGCAGGUACGCACUGUCUGGUGGAGGAAGUGAGAACAAUAGAGGAAGGCCCCACUCAGGUAGAGGAGCAUGAGCAGCUAAUGGGAGGGAUGUACCCGCUCACCAAUACACUCCUGCAAGGAGACUUCAACCGGAAGGGCUCGUUCAGUACCGAGGAGAAUGAGAUUCUGGUUCCCGAAAGCCGAGACGAUGAAUUCGAGGAAGGAGAAAUCAAGGAGGCGUUUCGGGCGGAGGAGUACGAUGGGAUCUACCAGGAAUUGGGGUUGCUCCUAUCAUGUGAAAUGAGGGAUAGAGAUGCGAGUGCCAAGGCACAGAAGAUGAGGCACCUCUAUGUGGUAAGAGAUGGCCACUUGUUUAUAAAGCGGCAUGUCGGGAACCCCAGGAGGAUCGUAUGUGGGAGAAACCGGCAAGUUGAUAUCAUAGCGGCCCUACACGAUGGUGUAGCAGGGGGCCACAGAGGAGUAAGUGCCACGUGCGCAAAGAUAAGCGAGCUCUACCAUUGGGACGGGAUGCUGACGAUGGUUAUCAAAUACUGCCGGUCCUGUAUACCUUGCCAAGAGAGGGCGGCACAAAGGCCCGGAGAACCCCUACACCGAAGGUUAGAAAGGGAAGUGGGUGCGGUCGUACACCUGGACCUGUUAUUCAUGCCAGCAGGGGAGAAUGGGUGUAACUACAUCUUCGAUGCACGGGAUAACCUUACUGGGUUUGUGGAUGGACAAGCUAUCUGGACGAAGACUGACCCGGUUUUGGCGAACUGCAUCAAGGAGUACUACCUGCGGUACCCUUUUGUCAGGGAGUUCGUGAUGGAUCGAGGAUCAGAGUUUACCUGCAAUGAGGGGAGGACGUUGCUUGCAGUGUCUGACUUUUCAAAGACAGUCAUGCAAAGGGGCGGGAGGGGCGCGCGGCCACGACAGGGGCCCCAAGGAGCAUCAGGAGGGGAUGACUCGCGCAGACCGGUUGGGAGGGAGUCUACGCCUAUCUUCGACGACGGUAACGUAGAGUUUUUUCUGGACUCCUACCGGGCACAUGCGACACGGGAGGGUUGGUCUACCUUGGAGAGCAUACGGCACCUGAGGGGAGUUGGGCGCUUCGAGGAGCCUAUUGCGCACAUUCGAGAGGAGGCGUUGACAUGGCAGGAUGUGGAGGCGAGGAUGCAGAUGCUGAGGGCUUCGCCGAUGGGACCGGAUGGAUUGCCUAUUCGAUUGGAGGAAGGCAAUGCGGAGGAGUUCAUCCCGGCCUAUGAGCAGUAUAUGCACGACCAGGGGACUGGGCAGGAGGAGUGGAUGCAGAUGCUGCCCCUCUGGACAUGGAGGGCAGAGAGGUCGUUGGCGAGGCAGAUCCGAGACAGGGCACACGACUGGGAGGACUGCCAGGCCCAGUUGAGACAGGCAUUCCGACGGCUGGAGCCCAAGAGACCACAGCCCAGGGUGAAAAGACGACAAAGGAGUAAGAGGCCAGGGGGCCCAGAGGCGAGAGAGACCACUACGACCAGAGGGGGCCGAAAGGCCUUGGCACAGCGAGAGGGGCCAGCGGAGGCCGCCCAGGCGGUGGAGCCAGUUCAGGCCGUGGGGCUAGCUCAGGCGGCCGAGCUACCCUACCUAUGGACUCGAGCAGGUGGAGUUUCGCAGAAUUAUGAGCAGCGAUCUACGGGGCCCGUCGCCGACGUUACCAGAGGGGGGGGAAACGGUGCCAUUGAGGACGUUGCUCGACAGGUUGGAGGCUCAUCUCGACGCGUCCCAGUGGGGGGCGUCACAGCUGGGAGCGGACCAGAGCGGGCCGGCCCGGCACGGCAGUAUUGGCCUAAAGGAAUUCCUGAGCUGGACAGCGAGGAGGUAUUGGGGCCCCCACCGGAAGCUACUACGCCACCCCCGACGCAGGCGGAGCCAGAGGGGGGCGAGAGGGCGAGGGCACCUACCACUGUGGCAUCGCAACCGACUGAGCCUACAGGUGCACGCAUGGAAGUGGAGGUGCCAACCUCCGGUGAGCCUCCGCCAGGGCCGCCACCCGCAGAAGAGGGGACUAGUGAGAGAGAUCCACUGCGAGAGGGCCACGAGGCGAGGACAGGGAAGCCACCGGGGGAGACGAAAGAAGAGAAGUGUGCGAGGGUGCAGGUACGCCUCGAGGAACUAUACCAGGAAAAGCUUAGGAUGGAGGUCGCAGGAGAAUCACCAAAGCCGCCAAUUGACCCUCCGACGACCGAGCGGAGGAUUAAUGAGGCCUGGGCCGGCUAUGAGAGCGAGAGGGAUGCUGCUCGCCUGAGGUCGCGAGAGGCGGGACAGKGGAGUGCAAGAUUGGGCGAGGCACGAGAAACAGAGGACUUGGGAUUUUCAGCCGCCAGGAUGGAGAUUGAGCGUGCAGAUAGGAGGAUAGGUGAGGUGGCAGUCUCGUCCUACUCUAUGCCCAGCGAUGAGUUGGCGGCCUCGAGGUUAGAGGUGGGACAGUUGUCCACCCAACUGGUAGAAGAGAGGGCAAAAAAACAGGGGUGGAGGACCCGCAUGAGAGCCAAGGAGGCGGAGUGGGAGAAGAGGCUCCAGGGCAUGGCGACGAUGGUAGAAAGGCUCUCGGCCACUAAGGUGAUCGACUGGAUGGAGCAGAGCCGGUAUGGUAUUCAGGGGAAGGAGGUACAGGGGCUCUUUGGCCAAGAAGUAACGACGGAGACGCCACAGCCAGAGGGAAUGGGGAAGGUAUUCCUGGACCCAGCAGAGGCGGCAGCGAGGCGGGAGGCCGAGGAGAGAAGGUUUCAGCUUCAGGACUCCCAUGGAAUUGGCCUCGCGACAAGCCACCCCUAUGACGAUUGAGAUCCCUGAGGGCGAGCCGGCGCAGGGAUCC